AUGCCUCCAGCCACGGAGAAUCCAGCCAUGGAUCAACCCUCCCUUGACGCCGUUUCAAUCUGGGAACAGGCCUAUUAUAAUGCAUGGCGUCACUUGCAAACCUGCAUCGUGGAAGUACUCAACAGGCUAUGCUGGAGCAAUCCAUCCCCGGAGGAUCGCCAAACGACUAUUGAAAAACUAAGCCAUCUUCCAAUUGAGGUGGAAGAUAUUCAAAGCACAGGACAGGCCAUGUUUGAGCAUGUUCCAGGUUGUCAGACGGUGCGGGAGAAACCCCUUACUUACUUCGUCGUUGAUUUCAUCCGGGACUGCCUCAAUCUCCAUUUUAGGCUGAAUGUGUUGGCAUGGAGACUCAUAAAUCGCCCGAGGAGUGACAGAGCAGUUUACAAUCGUCUUCUCAGGCUGCUGGACUCUAUUAAAGAUCGGGUGCCUGACUGA